GAAACCCACUGAGCUCUUUAAUGAAACGGAAACACGUCCGAAACAUUCAAUGAUGAAUGGUAGAACGGCAUAGAUAUUCCCUGAAUUAAAGUUUUUUUUUUGUAUACCUUAUCAUGCAUUGGUGACAGUUCUAUGAAUUUCCUUCUGUAUAUACUUUCAAUAUGAAUGCAGCUGAAGAAUGUCUAGUUUGCGGUGUUGCCGAGCCUCAACAAUACGAGGAAAAUAAUGCCUGCUUGCUGCCAGUCUUGGCUGGACUCCUGGGACAGGAUCUGGAGCCUGCCAACAUGUCCUCUUGCUUCCUGUGUCAGAGGUGCCAUCACAUCCUGUCAGAGGCUGGAUCACUGCAGCAGAGACUGGGUCAGCUCAAGGAGGCUAUUUUGAGUGUGUACAGGCCAGUGAAAUAUGAUGGAAUCACCCAGGUGUCACUCGACAAUCACAAUGGCAGCUGCUCUUUGCCAUUAUCAUCCCAACUACCUGUAUCAGAUCCAGCGACCUCAACAGCCAGUAACCAGACAACUCAACAUUCCAUGACAGUGCAAACUACAUUGUCAUCUACUCAUUCCCUACACGAAGGGAAUGAGGCACAUGAAGGUGUCACUGAAGUAGCAAGAAAUGGCUCAUCGUCUUCAAACACAUCAACCAUGACCUCAACUCAACCAUCAAUGGCAUCAUCGGGAAGACAGGACAUACCCGCCAAUAAGUCCGGAAAGCCCGCGAGCACCGCGAGAAGGCUUCCGUGCCCGAUCUGCGGAAAAUCUGUAACGGCACGGUAUUUACGGGACCAUCAGCGACAGCAUUCGGGUGAACGACCGUUCCCAUGUACCUUGUGCUCUCGCUCUUUCGCCAAAUCGAGCGACCUUUCCACCCACCUCCGCCGUCACGCGGGUGACCGUCGCCAUCGCUGCUCGCUUUGUCCAGCAGCGUUCUUCUUCCCCCACGAACUGGCAAACCAUCGUCACACCCAUGGCGAUACGAGGCCUCAUCUGUGCGCAAAGUGUGGCACGGGAUUCCUCAGUCGGGCGGGACUUCUGCGUCAUCAGCGUGCCAACCAUCCCGAGCCACGCGCGGGAGACACAUCAGAUGGCGCGAGCGUUCCGCGCGAACCGCGCUCCAAGUGUGCAGUCUGUGAGAAGACGUUUACCUGUGAGCAGAGCCUGAAGCGCCACGAAAGGGCGCACGGAGCCGGGAAGAGCUACAUGUGUGAGCUGUGUGGAGUGACGUACAAAACGAGCACGGCGCUGCGGUUCCACACGAGGAGGCACCACAGCGGGGAGCGACCCUUUCAGUGUCAGGUGUGCGGCCGCCAAUUCAUCACGCGUUCUGUGUGGCUUCGGCACCUCCGCGUCCACACGGGCGAGAUGCCGUUCCGCUGCCAGUUCUGCGGCACAGACUACAAGGACAAGCAGAAGCUGAAGCGACACUACUCCAACAAGCAUGCUGCGGACGUGGAGAGAGUUGGUGCGGAGAAUCUGAAGUACAGUGCUGCUGAGGUGGCGCCUGUGACUGCUGCACGGUGUGAUGGGGUGGACCGGGCGACGGAAGGGCAAGGCGUGAGCUCCGGUGCGUCAGGAGAUACACAGCAGUCGCUCGAGGCGAUUGUGGAAAGAAACGCGGAAGGGUCUGCUUCAGGUCAAAGCGCUUCUGAUUUCGAUCAAGGUGGAGUUCAGAUCGAGGUCGGUGGUUCCAUUUGGACGUCGGAGCAGUGGAAGGAAGCGGAGAGCGUUGGACAGGAGUAUAGCGAUACUAGCGCCACAGUGGCAGACCCGGGAACUGUUAGUGAGCUGCAGGCUCAAGAGAUGUCGGCUGUCGAAAUGAUGCCAGAUUCUUCAGUUUUGACGCAAGGAAUGCUAUAUGAGGCGCAUACGGCGCUUUUUAAUUACUUUUGAUUGUGACUGAAAGGGUUUAACUAGCCUGAACGAGAUUAAAUACGUUAAAUCAAUUAAGUGAUCUCAUGCGAUCGUUCAUUCUCCGAAAUCCGUAGGGUAGACCGGGGCAAGUCGCCCCGCCGAGGUAAAACGCCUCACCGAUGUUUCGCGGAACUGGCAGAGUUCUGGGGAAACAUCAUCUCUUCUAUAAAACG